GCUGCGCCCUCAGCCACCCGGCAGUAGUUGUGAGGGUCAGCCCCGCCCUCUUCCUCUUUCCUUCCGCUUCUUCCCAUCGGUGGCGGCCGAUUGUGUGGACAUGGCCAAGAUUAAGGCUCGAGACCUUCGCGGCAAAAAGAAGGAGGAGCUGCUUAAACAGUUGGAAGACCUGAAGGUGGAACUGUCCCAGCUGCGCGUCGCCAAAGUGACAGGCGGGGCGGCCUCCAAGCUCUCCAAGAUUCGAGUUGUCCGAAAAUCCAUCGCCCGCGUUCUCACUGUCAUCAACCAGACUCAGAAAGAGAACCUCAGGAAAUUUUACAAGGGUAAGAAGUACAAGCCCCUGGAUCUGCGGCCCAAGAAAACACGCGCCAUGCGUCGCCGGCUAAACAAGCACGAGGAAAACCUGAAGACCAAGAAGCAGCAGCGGAAGGAGCGGCUGUACCCACUGCGGAAGUACGCGGUCAAGGCCUGAGCACAGGCAUCAAUAAAACAAACAAACUGGCUGGU